AUGGUGAGCCCAUCCGGGUUCUACAUCGACAACGGAAUUGACCAGACCGUCCGAGAGAAAAGUGUUUCGCUGCACGAACGGCAGGAAAUUGAGCACGAGAUAUUGGAACUGCUUGGGCUUCCGGAUCGGCCCAACAAGCAACACGUGCAUCCUUCGUUGAGGAAAUCGGCACCACAGUUCCUGCUCAAUAUCUACCACAAGUUUACCGAAGAAAGCAAUGGUGGUCGCCCGCGGAGAAGGCGGUUUGCGGACAGUAACAACGUGUUCACGAUCGCCGAUGAACGGGCGAUCGGGGAAAGUGACGUGAUCAUGUCGUUUCUCAACAAAGCGAACCGUCAUUUACCAAAGAUCCGGCAUCAUCGCGGGGGACAUCGCCUUUGGUUUGAUACGGCGGAAAUCGCAUCCGACGACAAUCAGCUUCUGUACGCGAGCCUGAGGAUGUUCAAGAACCGCAGCGCCAUCCGACCGUGGGAUGCGCUCGUCCACGGGCAGCAGAUCGUCGUGCGGGCUUCACUGAUCGGAGGAUACGACGAGGCGAAGGAUGGCCAUCGGUUGGAGUUUGUCGGCGAGCAGGCGGUUCCGUUCAACUACGAGGGUUGGGUGGAAAUAAACGCCACGCAAGCCAUGCAGCGUUGGGUCGUCGAUCGUGUGGGGAAUAAGGGUAUUUUUGUCGAAGUUUACUUCGCCGAAAGUCCCCGCAAGGAGGUGCUCCCGCACGAGGUGGGUUUGAUCCUGUCGAACAAGUUCGGACGCUAUCAGCCAUUUCUCGUCGGUUACUGCAAGGGUCCGGAGCUCGUGAAACCAACCGUCCACUCGGGCAACGGUGGACGGAGCCGCACGAAGAGAAGUCUACGGCGCAAGGGUGCUGAUGGUGGUGGCGCCAGGAGACGUACGGACCGUGUAAGAAAUCCCUUUCUUGAACGCUUCGGUGGUUCGGAGCGGUCGAAAAGCUGCCAGAUUCAGACGCUGUACGUGAGCUUCCGGGAUUUGAACUGGCAGGAUUGGAUUAUCGCACCGGACGGAUUCGGGGCGUUCUUCUGCUUCGGCGAGUGCAACUUUCCGCUCAACACGCACAUGAACGCGACCAAUCACGCCCUCAUCCAGACGCUGGUGCAUCUGAUGCAUCCGACGCGCGUCCCCAAACCCUGCUGUGCCCCGACCAAGCUGAAUCCGAUCUCAGUCCUCUAUCAUAUCGACGAUGCGAACAUCAAUUUGAAAAAGUAUAAAAAUAUGGUCGUCAAAAACUGUGGCUGUCUGUGA